AUGCCUACCCCGGGUGUGUGUCUGAACAUCAUCAAUGCACGCCAUAAGAAAGAUGGUUACGGGACCAUCACCAACCCUGAGAAGUUCCUCAACCAAGACUUCCAGCAGCUGAAACAGUACUGUCUCAUCCGACGGGUAAGGUACAUUGAUGAGAUGUUCCCCCCGGACAGGAACUCCAUCGGCAAGGAGAUACUGAGGUCUUCUGACCAAGCCAAAGUUGUGUGGCUGAGACCAGCGAAAAUUGUUGCCAAUCCAUCUUUUGUUGUUGACGGGGUCUCCAGAUUUGACUUUGGUCAAGGCAUGGUUGGAAACUGUUGGUUUCUUGCGUCUAUUGGAGCUCUGACAUUCCAGAAUUACAUCUUUGAGCAAGUUGUUCCUCUUGAGCAAAAAUUUGAUGAGGACUACUGCGGACUGUUCCACUUCAGGUUCUGGAGGUUUGGAAGAUGGGUGGAUGUUGUCAUUGAUGACAAACUACCAACAAUUGACGGCAGACUAAUCUUCGUCCACUCCAAAGACCCAACUGAAUUCUGGCCUGCUUUGCUGGAGAAAGCCUAUGCCAAGGUGUGUGGUUCCUACUCAGACAUGAAUGCUGGAACUCCUGCUGAGGCUUUGGUGGACUUCACUGGUGGUGUCCACAUAAGCAUCCAGCUGUCAGAUCCUCCUCCAAAUCUGUGGGAGUUCAUGUACAGAGCUGGCCAAUCCAGGUCCCUAAUGGGUUGUGGUACACCUCAGGGGGAGACAUCUGACAACACCAUACUACCAAAUGGAUUGGUCCAAGGCCAUGCCUAUACUGUCACGGGUGUGAAACAGAUGAUGAGCCAAGGGCAACCCGUAAACCUGGUGCGUCUGUGGAACCCUUGGGGCAAAAAAGAGUGGAAUGGAGACUGGAGUGAUCAGUCGCCUUUGUGGCAAACCGUGAGUCCUCAAGAUCGUGAGUGGUGCCUGUCUGUGGGCGAUGAUGGGGAGUUUUGGAUGACCCUGCAAGACUUCUGUAAGUUCUACAUUGAUCUUGACAUCUGCUGCCUCUGCCCUGACUUCCUUGAUGGAAGCUCCACUUGCCAUUGGAAGACCUCCUUCUAUGAGGGCAGAUGGGUUGCAGGAACCACUGCUGGAGGAUGCAUGAAUAACAGAGAGAGCUUCUGGACUAAUCCACAGUAUCGGGUCAGGAUUGAAAAGUUAUCCAGUGAAUGUUCUCAGGAACAGGCUGGAAAAAACAUGCUGGUGUCUCUCAUGCAAAAGCCUGACAAGAGGAACAGACGCCUGGUCCAAAAUCUCCACAUUGGAUUCGUGGUAUUUGAGGUGACUGACGAGUACAAGGCAGAGAGGGGGAAGUUCCCGCCCUCUUUCUUCAGAACCCAUGCACCUGUUGCCCAAACUAAAACCUACAUGAAUGCACGUGAGGUGAUGGAGUUCCUUAUGCUAAAGCCUGGUGAAUACCUGAUUGUGCCGUCCACCUUCAAUCCCAAUGAGACAGCCUCCUUCAUCCUGACCAUUCUGUCCAAGGCAGAGACCCACGUCCAUGAGAACUCUGGUGGCCAUAACAACAACCACAUGGAAGUAGAAGAGCCCAAACCAGUUGACAAGGGAGUGGAUGACGAAAAUAAGAGAAACUUUUUCCGUCAAUACUCUGACAAGUAUGAAGAAGUGGAUGCUGAGCAGCUCCAGACGAUUCUAAAUGACAAAAUCCUGAAAGGAGACUUGAAAUCUGGAGGCUUCAGCAUUGAUGCCUGUCGCAGCAUGGUUGCUUUGAUGGAUACAUCUAUCACAGGCAAACUGAAUGGUGAGGAAUUUGUGCGACUGUGGAAGAAGGUCAUCACAUACAAGGACAUUUUCUUCCGCACUGAUGUUUCACAGACAGGAACGCUGUCCCUGAGUGAACUGAGGAAUGCAAUCAUGGCAACAGGAAAGAGGACCAGCGAUGACAUGCUGAAUUUGAUGGCUCUGCGCUACGGUGCCACCUCUGGAAACAUAACACUGGAGAGCUUCAUUGGUCUGGUCCUUCGCUUUGAAUGCAUGAACCAAAUCUUCAGCCAGUUGUCUGAUGGACCGACUGUGACUCUUCACAAAUCAGAGUGGAUGUACCUUUCAAUGUACACUUAA